CAGGAGUCUCCCCGACUAGCAGUACCGGUCCCGGGGUGGAGUAGUGGGACUGAAGGCACCGUGGGCCAGUGUAUGGUACAGGCGAACACUGAAAGCUUGCAGCGUCAUCAUCAAAAUGCAACCGUGACUGAGGUGGCGGCAGUGAGGUCACCGAAACCUCCGAAACCCGGCGCUCAAAUCGAUUGCUUCGAAUGAAUAUAGAGCCGGGCGCUCAGCGCCUCAAUUUGUUUCUUCAGACGGCUAUAAGAGACGAAGCCUGAGGUGGAGAACGUCAUAUCUUCUAUCGCUAUCCAAUGCCUGGCACCCAGUUCGAAUACGAUUUCAAGACCCCAUCUUACACGGGCAAGACAAGCUUCGCCACGGGUGUCUUCAUCGACGGCGAGUUUCGUGACGGCGCUAAGGGCAAGACCAUCGACGUAUUCAACCCCACCAAUGGUCGCGUCGUCACCCAAAUUUCUGAAGCCACGCCUGCGGACGUGAAAUUGGCUGUCAAGGCUGCUCAGCGGGCCUUUGACACAGAAUGGGGGCUCAAUGCCCCAGGCUCUCAACGCGCCAAAUUGCUGUACAAUCUCGCUGCGCUCACGGAAAAGCACAUGGAUGAACUGUGUGCCAUCGAAGCCCUGGACAACGGCUGGUCUUGCAAGACCUUUACCUGGGCCAAGAUCGCUGAUCUGAGUUUCGGCAUCGAGCUAUUGAAGUAUUAUGCAGGAUGGGCAGACAAGAUAACCGGCCAGACGAUCGAGACCGAUGAGCGCAAGCUCAUAUACACUCGCCACGAACCGAUUGGAGUCGUCGGCUUGAUCAUCCCUUGGAAUUUCCCACUCAUCAUGUUCCUAUGGAAGAUUGGGCCUGCUCUUGCAACAGGGAACACGCCCUCUGAAUUCACUCCUUUGAGCGCUUUGCGAAUGUGCAGCCUGAUCCAGGAAGCGGGAUUCUCCAAGGGAGUCGUGAACGUGCUCACUGGUUACGGCCCUACUGUUGGCGCUGCCAUUUCUGAGCACAUGGAUAUCCAGAAGAUCUCGUUCACAGGCUCGACGCUGGUGGGACGUAAAGUGAUGAUGGCCGCUGCCAAGACGAAUCUGAAGAACGUCACGCUCGAGCUCGGCGGCAAGAGCCCGAACAUCAUCUUUGACGAUGCCGAUCUGGAGCAGGCAGUCAGCUGGGCGGCGCACGGCAUUUUCUGGAAUCAAGGUCAAGCUUGUUGUGCUGGCUCGCGGAUUUUUGUGCAAGAAGGAAUAUACGACCAGUUCCUCGAGUUGUUCACACAAAAGUCGAGGAGCAUUCGGGUUGGGGAUCCGUUCUCAACCGAGGUCGAUCAGGGCCCGCAAGUGAGCCAGCAACAAUACGACCGCAUCAUGUGCUACAUCGACUCCGGUGUCCAACAAGGUGCGACCAUCCACCUCGGUGGCAAGCGGCACGGAACGGAGGGUUAUUUCAUCGAGCCUACUAUCUUCACCGACACCACCCCCGACAUGAAGAUCGUGCAGGAGGAGAUCUUUGGGCCCGUCGCUGUUGUCAUCAAGUUCGAAGACGAAGCCGACGUACUGCGCCAGGCCAACGAUACCUGCUACGGCCUUGCUGCUGCGGUAUUCUCCCAGAACAUCAUCCCCGCUCUCGAUACCGCCCACAAACUCCAGGCCGGAACUGCCUGGGUCAACUGUGCCAACUAAUUGCACCCGAAUGUGCCCUUUGGCGGUUAUAAGCAGAGCGGUAUCGGCCGAGAGCUUGGGCAGCAAGCGCUGGACAAUUUCACCAACGUCAAGGCCGUGCACGUCAAUCUCGGCCACCGCAUGUAGUUUUGGCACGCCCCACAACCACUCGUGUAGUCGUGAUUCUCAUCAAGUCGGUUGUAAUUGUAUGACCUGGCUUCGGUAUUCCGACAUCGGUCCUCUUCCUCUUCCUCUUCCUCAAUCAGCUCGGCAUGCACGAGACAGCUGAGUGUGGCGACCAAUCAGGAGACACUGAGACAUGUGUAUACGGGGACCCCGAUACGCAAUUUUAUUUUAGCCUGCCUGAGCUGGAUCGCACUGGCUUCUGCUGGAUAUCGACCCAACGACUUGGUGGGAAUGGUUUACCUUCAAGGCUCACGGGGUGAUUAUCAGCAUUUGCCCGACUAUCGAAUCACUUGACGACCGGUGUCCGGGCCGUCGCCCCAGACCCCUUGAAGAUCCUUGGAGAAAACCUAAUCGCAUGACCGGAUCACAUAUCUCUUUCAGCUGCAAUACUUGAUCGUGCCAGUGCGCGGCUGAAGACCCCAUCAAACGGGAUCGAAUUCCCCCAGAAGUUUGCUCCCGUCACUGCUGUGAUGCAUUUAUCAUCCACAGCAGUUUCGAGUCUGAGGACAGCGCAAAUCGACGAUUCGCACGGAUCCACAGGAGCCUGGGACAGCUGGAGAAGCGCUCACGUGAAGCACGCCACGGAGCCCCGACGGACACUGCAGCAGACAGCCGCGGCUUGGUAAUCUUCUGUCCAAGUGAUUCCAAAGCCCGAGCACUCUGCCCGCAGCUGACGCAGUAUAGCGAGGACAAUCCCUCGGAGGUUCACUAUUUAUCGCGUAGAAGCACCCAAGUAAAGAGACUGGAUUAAGAUAUUGCGGACAUAGCGUUCCAUAAUAGAUCAUCUACACGGAGUACCAAAAAUAAUUCCGCGGUUCUCCUGCGCGGAUCGUUCGAAGGUGCACUGCAAGUCUCUGUUCCGAACAGAUCCGGCGGCUGCCGAUCUUUGCCGGCGGGGUGAUCAUGUAGACAUCAUAUGUUUCAACUUUGCAAACAAUUCUUCCGGAUCUCUGUGGCCAAUUGUGGCACCCGUGCCCACCCAGAAGGUCAGAUGAUGCGAGUGGGGACCCGACUCCCACACACUAGUACCCCUGCGAGCAUCGCCGACCCAGCCUGCUCAACACGCAAGAGCACUGUCGAGGAUCAGCUGAAAUCACUUACUCUUCCGCAGUUGCUCAGAAGUCUUGGAUUCUUCCCCCACGAAGGAAGGCACUGGGUAUAUAACGCUGAGCGUUAUCAAUUAUGUCAUUAGGAACGCCGCGAAGUCACCGGGACCUGCCAAAACCCGGUACUUGAAUGGAUUUCUUCGAAUGAAUAAUAAUACAAAAGGCCAAGUGUGAAUCGGAAGACGGCAUCUUCUCCCUCUCCCCCUCUUCGAUGCCUGGCACCAAGUUCGAAUUCGAUUUCAAGACCCAGUCGUUCACGGGCAAGACAAGCUUCCCCACCGGUGUCUUCAUCGACGGCGAGUUCCGUGACGGCUCCGAAGGCAAGACCAUCGACGUCGUCAAUCCCACCAAUGGCCAGAUCCUCACCAAGGUUUCUGAGGCAACCCCCGCGGACGUGGACCUCGCGGUCAAGGCCGCUCAGCGCGCCUUCGACACGGAAUGGGGCCUCAAGGCGUCUGGUGCCCACCGUGCACAGUUGCUAAUCAAUCUCGCGGCUCUCAUGGAAAGCCAUAUUGAUGAGCUCUGCGCCAUCGAAGCGCUGGAUAACGGCAAGACCUUUGGUUGGGCUAAAGAUGUCGAUGUGAGGUUCGGCAUCGACACUAUCAAGUAUUAUGCAGGAUGGGCAGACAAGAUAUCCGGCCAGACCAUCGAGACGGACGAGCGCAAACUCAUAUACACCCGCCAUGAGCCCAUCGGAGUCGUUGGCCAGAUCAUCCCUUGGAAUUUCCCGCUCCUCAUGUUCACGUGGAAGAUCGGACCGGCGCUUGCGACAGGCAACGCGGUAGUCCUCAAGCCUUCGGAAUUCACCCCUUUGACUGCGUUGCGAAUGUGCAGCCUGAUUCAGGAAGCGGGAUUCCCCAAGGGAGUCGUGAACGUGCUCACUGGUUACGGCCCUACUGUCGGCGCUGCCAUCUCUGAGCACAUGGAUAUUCAUAAGGUGGCGUUCACAGGCUCGACGCUCGUCGGUCGCAAGGUGAUGGAGGCCGCUGCCAAGACGAAUCUUAAGAACGUCACGCUUGAGCUCGGAGGCAAGAGUCCCAACAUCAUCUUCGACGAUGCGGAUCUAGAACAGGCGGCCAAUUGGGCGGCGCACGGCAUUUUCUGGAAUCACGGACAAGCUUGCUGCGCAGGCUCGCGAAUCUUCGUCCAGGCCGGGAUCUAUGACAAAUUCCUCGAGCUGUUCACGAAGAAGUCGAAGAGCAUCCGGGUUGGGGAUCCGUUCUCAACCGAGGUCGAUCAGGGCCCGCAAGUGAGCCAGCAACAAUACGACCGCAUCAUGGGCUACAUCGACUCAGGUGUCCAACAAGGUGCGACCAUCCACCUCGGUGGCAAGCGGUACGGAACGGAGGGCUAUUUCAUCGAGCCAACCAUCUUCACCGACACUACCCCUGACAUGAAGAUCGUGCAGGAGGAGAUCUUCGGGCCCGUCGGUGUUGUCAUCAAGUUUGAAGACGAAGAGGACGUACUGCGACAGGCCAAUGACACUUUCUACGGCCUUGCAGCUGCGGUGUUCUCCCAGGACAUCAACCGCGCUAUAGAGACCGCCCACAGACUCCAAGCUGGAACUGCAUGGGUCAAUUGUGUCAAUCAACUGCACCAGAAUGUGCCAUUUGGUGGCUACAAGCAGAGUGGCAUCGGCCGAGAGCUUGGGCAGUAUGCGCUGGACAACUAUUCCAACGUCAAGGCCGUCCACAUCAAUCUGGGUCAUCGCAAGUAGGAUUGUCAAUGGUCGUGUACAGUAGUGAUUGUAACUGAAGACUUUUGUAAUUUUAUGAUUCGUCAUCUGCAUCUCGUCAUCCCUCCUUUUCCCUUUCGAACAUCAUCAUGCUCAGCGCGUUCGCGAGACGGCUGCACGCGCCGCGACUAUGCGUCCCUUUCGGACUCAGGCGCGCGUAUGCCAUCCCCGCCGCGUCCAAUGACAUCUCCGGCGAGGACAUGAAGAAACCGCCCAAGUCGACCACCCCAUUACGGCGCUCGGCUUCGGCAUCACUUCCCAUUCGAGCCAAUCCGACGCCGACCAGAAGCAGCAUCCAAACAGUCUUUACACUCGCGACCGCGGAACGAUAUUUGCUAUCCCGGCUCAGAGCACAUGUCGGACCCCCGCUGCAUGCUCAGAAAUUCCACGAAUCGUGGUGGGUGUCGCGGUGGGGUAGAGCGGGGAAGGAGGGCGAGAUAUUCGUCUUCGCGAACGGCAGCUUCGUCUGUUGGGGUCUCGAAGAGGAAGACGCGCACCGGUUUGCGCUUGAGGUGAUCGAACGCGUUCCCGGGUCCGAGGUAUCGCGUCUUCCCAAGCCAGAGACAGAGGAACUGGAGUUCGUGAUAGACCCUAUCGAAACGACGCGGCUUCAAGGCGACUUGAUCAUCCUCGGCAAGGGCCCCGAACUGAACGAAGUCGCCGCGCCCUCCCCCCUCCCAUCCAUGGCGCUCCCUCUGGAGACCCUCUACGCUCGUUAUGCAUUCUCUCAAGCUUUGUCUCGGUCGACGGCUUUGUCGGCGCUGGAAGUGUCCCUGGAAGAAUAUCUGUCCUCUAUGGCUCUCCUCCCGCAUUCUCUAGCCCAAACGGGCCAACCUGGAAUGGGCCGUAAGGCUCUAGUGAAGAAACUCGGGGAACUGAUGAAGUUUCGACAAGGAUUAAACCUCAACCGGGAAAACUUCAGUGACGUACCCGAUUUCUACUGGACAGAAGCGCAACUAGAAAAAUACUUUCACACAUUGAGCGAUGCGCUCGACGUCAAAGCGCGCACGGACUCUGUAAAUGACAAGAUCACUUAUGCCGCAGAAGCUCAAUCUGUUUUGAGACAAUUACUUACUGAGACUUCCACGCAUAGCAUGGAGCUUGUUAUCAUUGCACUGAUUGCCGUAGAGGUUGUCAUCGCAUUAAUCCGCGACGGACCUGAGCUGUGGGAGAUGUUUACAGGACAACCUGUCUCUCACAAGCCUGCUGCUCCUGAUUCUGCAGUUGUAUGAUAGAGUAUCAUUCAUUACAUAAGUACACAACAAUCCCAUCUCACUUGACGGUGCUA